GCGCGCCGGCGGUCCUCUGCCGCUCGGAGAGAGGACCUGAGGCACGCACGGCCGGCGCAGCAGCCCUUGGGGACCGGGCGCCCAGGGGUGAGAUACUUCAAUCAAGGAAGAAAUAGUUCUUCUCCUAAGAUGGAAUCUGUGAUUUGGGAAUGUGGUUGAUCAACUUGAUAUGUUGGCCAGAUGUGCCCUAUGUAAUAAAAUGAAAAGAAGAGACAAGAUGAUGUCAUUUUCCCAUAUUGUGAAACCAAAAACAGAUGCCUUUUGUGAGACCAAGCUAAGAAACCUCUGACAGUGCAAAGAGCAUUUUAAUGUUUGAAAGAACUUAGCAGUGUUACAGAAGAAGUGCUGUCAAGCUGAGACCUGCAGGUGUAUAUUGAUCUAAAAUACGUAUUGAGUAGGCUUGAUCAUCCAGCUCUCAUUCACAUCCAGGAAGAAUGGCAGUGACUUGGAUCGUUUUCUAUCUUUGGCCCUUGACUGUGUUUAUGGGGCAUAUAGAUGGGCACAGUUUAUUUUCUUGUGAACCUAUUACCUUAAGGAUGUGCCAAGAUUUGCCUUAUAAUACUACCUUCAUGCCUAAUCUUCUGAACCAUUAUGACCAACAGACAGCAGCUUUAGCAAUGGAGCCAUUCCACCCUAUGGUGAAUCUGGAUUGUUCUCGGGAUUUCCGGCCAUUUCUUUGUGCACUCUAUGCUCCUAUUUGCAUGGAAUAUGGACGUGUCACACUUCCCUGCCGUAGGCUGUGUCAGCGGGCCUAUAGUGAGUGUUCAAAGCUCAUGGAGAUGUUUGGUGUUCCUUGGCCAGAAGAUAUGGAAUGCAGUAGGUUUCCAGAUUGUGAUGAACCAUAUCCUCGACUCGUGGAUCUGAAUUUAGUUGGAGAUCCAACUGAAGGAGCCCCAGUGGCAGUGCAAAGGGACUAUGGUUUUUGGUGUCCCCGAGAGUUGAAAAUUGAUCCUGAUCUUGGUUAUUCUUUCUUGCACGUGCGAGAUUGCUCACCACCUUGCCCAAAUAUGUACUUCAGGAGAGAAGAACUGUCAUUUGCUCGCUAUUUCAUAGGACUGAUUUCAAUCAUUUGCCUCUCUGCCACGUUGUUUACUUUCUUAACUUUUUUGAUUGACGUCACAAGAUUCCGUUAUCCUGAAAGGCCUAUUAUAUUUUAUGCAGUCUGCUACAUGAUGGUGUCAUUAAUCUUCUUUAUUGGAUUUCUGCUUGAGGAUCGAGUAGCCUGCAAUGCAUCUAGCCCAGCACAGUACAAGGCUUCCACCGUGACACAAGGAUCUCAUAACAAAGCUUGCACCAUGCUUUUCAUGGUGCUCUAUUUUUUCACUAUGGCUGGCAGUGUAUGGUGGGUAAUUCUUACCAUCACAUGGUUUUUAGCAGCUGUGCCAAAGUGGGGUAGUGAAGCUAUUGAGAAGAAAGCAUUGCUGUUUCAUGCCAGUGCAUGGGGCAUUCCUGGAACUCUGACUAUCAUCCUUUUAGCGAUGAAUAAAAUUGAAGGUGACAAUAUUAGUGGCGUGUGUUUUGUUGGCCUCUACGAUGUUGAUGCAUUAAGAUAUUUUGUUCUUGCUCCCCUCUGCCUGUAUGUGGUAGUUGGGGUUUCUCUCCUCUUAGCUGGCAUUAUAUCUCUAAACAGAGUUCGAAUUGAGAUUCCUUUAGAAAAGGAGAACCAAGAUAAAUUAGUGAAGUUUAUGAUCCGGAUUGGUGUUUUCAGCAUUCUUUAUCUCGUACCACUCUUGGUUGUAAUUGGAUGCUACUUUUAUGAGCAAGCUUACCGUGGCAUCUGGGAAACAACAUGGAUACAGGAGCGCUGCAGAGAAUAUCACAUUCCAUGUCCAUAUCAGGUUACUCAGAUGAGUCGUCCAGACCUUAUUCUCUUUCUGAUGAAAUAUCUGAUGGCUCUCAUAGUUGGCAUUCCCUCUAUUUUUUGGGUUGGAAGCAAAAAGACAUGCUUUGAAUGGGCCAGUUUUUUUCAUGGUCGUAGGAAAAAAGAGAUAGUGAAUGAGAGUCGGCAGGUGCUCCAGGAACCUGACUUUGCUCAGUCACUCCUGAGGGACCCAAAUACUCCCAUUAUAAGGAAAUCAAGAGGAACUUCCACUCAAGGAACAUCCACACAUGCUUCCUCAACUCAGCUGGCUAUGGUGGACGACCAAAGAAGCAAAGCAGGGAGUGUCCACAGCAAAGUGAGCAGCUGCCACGGCAGCCUUCACAGGGCACGUGAUGGCAGGUACACUCCUUGCAGUUACCGAGGAAUGGAAGAGAGACUGCCUCACGGCAGCAUGUCCCGACUGACAGAUCAUUCCAGGCACAGCAGUUCUCAUCGGCUCAAUGAACAGUCACGACACAGCAGUAUUCGAGAUCUCAGUAACAAUCCCAUGACUCAUGUCACACAUGGCACCAGCAUGAAUCGUGUUAUUGAAGAGGACGGAACCAGUGCGUGAUUUGUCUUGUCUAAGGUGAAAGUGUGUGCUGUUAAAACGCAGGUUUUCUUCUUUGCCUUCACCUGACUGACUGCUAUAAUUCACUGUCAUCCUAUAUUUCAGUCAGGCGCAGUGUGUCCACUGAGAAGGUAAAUGUUUGCUUUUUAUAUCGUAUCAAACUUGGAACAUCAAGCCAUCCAAAACACUUAAGAGUCAUAUCUUCAUAAAAACAAUUCUUUCUAGGUUGUGAAGAGAUAAUUAUUUGUCCGGUAAGCAUUUUUAUAAACCCACUUAUUUUAUAUUUAGAAAAAUUCUAAAUGUGUGGUGACCGCUUUGUAGUGAACUUUCAUAUAAUAUGAACUAGUUGUGAGAUAACAUUCUGGUAGCUCUGUUAAUAAAACAAAGUUUCAGAAUUAAAGAAAUUUUCUAUGCAAGGUUUACUUCUCAGAUGAAUAGCAGGACUUUGUAGUUUUAUUUCCACUAAAUGAAAAAGAACUGUUUUUAAACUGAAUGAGACUUUGAUAAAUCAGCAAGGGUAUUUUAGCUAAUAGAAUGUAAGUGCAAUGGAAAAGUCUGAUUAGCCUAUGGGAGGUUCUUUCAAAAUUCUAUCAAAAUACUCUUCAUCCAGAGAUAUUCAGGAUUUGGACUAGCAACAGAAUAAAAGCAGAGAUGGGCAUUCCCCCUAUAAUUGUGUUGUUUUAUUGCUUUUGUAAAUAUUACUUUUACUAGCUGUGUUUUUAUACUAUCCAUAUGCAUGAUGGAAAAACUUUAAUUUGUAGCCGUCUUUUCCCAGGUAACAGUAUUGAUUAAUAGAGAACUUCUUGUUCAGAUCUGCUCUGUGGAAGCAUGUAGUAAGAUAAACAUCACUAAUUAUAAGGUCCUUUGUGGUAACUGCAGUUACAAAUGGCAAAAUAGUUCCUCUGUAUUCAUUAUUGUAUUUUUCUACAGUAAGAUGUGACAUUGCCAAAGCCACCAGACCUUAGUAUUCAGGUCCCCCCAUAGUGAGCUGGUUGUCUGCCCUUGCAUUGCCCAGUAGCCAGUUUGCUGCAGUGUUUGCCAUGUCCUAUUUGCAGUUUCUGAGUCAUUGUUUACAGCUAAAUAGGUAUAGUUGAAGACCAAAGUGAUGAUUAAUUUGGGUAUUUGAAAAUCAUUGUAGCUAAAUGGAGCAUGAUUAGUCUUGCUAUGAGUAUCUUUUAAUCUUAAAAUAUCAAGUCAAAAAUGUUUGGCAUUUUUAUCUUGUAAUACUUUAAUAGUUUAUCAUAUGAACUGUGAAUUUUAUUAGGCAUGAAAUUUAUCAGAAGGGAAAGAAAAAUUCUGGAAAAUGCUAGCUGUGUUACAUAGAAAAUACAAGUGGUCCUCAACUGUGACUGUAGGUAUGAAUCACUUGGGGAACAUCUGAUACCCAGCAUCUUUCUGUCAUUCAGAUGAAAAUUGCUAGUUU